GCUGCUUAUUAUGCCCCCCAAGCCCCUCCCUAAAUUUUGACCGAUCAACCCCGGCGCUACACAACACCCGUUAACACCAGCAACGCCCAUCACCCCAAUAUGGCUGAACCCAUUGGCCUCACCGCCAGCAUCAUAGCGAUCGCGGGUCUGGCGUACUCAAGUUGCAGGACUCUGAGCAGCACGAUCAGGAAUUGACGCGAUGCGCCAAAUAUCCUCAACGACCUCCACGGGAAUCUCCACACGGUCCAAAAUCUGCUUCGGUCGUUACAGAGCGCUUUCGAGGGCCUGAAUGAGAACGACCUGUCUGCCGGACAAAGGAGAUGUUUUGAAGAUCUCGAACCUUACAUGCGUCGAUGCGAGGCGACCUAUAAUGCUUUCGCAAAGACGCUGUCCCGGCUGACAUCUCACUCUGAUGAAGACAGACUCAGCUGGCGGGACCGAGGUCGCUUGCAUCUGGAGAGACGGGAGAUUGCAAGUCUGAAGAAUGGACUGCAGAAGGGCAUAGAAACUCUUGAUAUUGCGAUCAACAUGGCAACACUUCGAAGCACCCGGCAAAAUCAGGAUGCGCUGCGGACUCUGGAAAGAAGAAUUGUCACAUCGAUGAGCGAGUUUGCCGGUGAGAUACAAGGCCUGCAGAUGGCAAUACAAUCCUUGCCGUCUCCCUCUGAGAGCUCCAGCAUCACCCGGACGGAUGUUGAUCAGGUGGUAAGUCUGUUAAAACGGCAAAUUGACCUGAUACAACAGAGCUUGAGGGUAUGCGACAGCGGGCUGAGGGAGACCUCGAGAAGUACUGGAACGACGGUGGCGAAUGCCAGAGUGCUUGAUAAAGCCCGUCAGCUCAUUGGAAACAUUGGAAGUGAUGUUCGACUUGGGCCUCACACACUACCGGUGAAUAUCAGUCAUGCGGAGGCUAGGGACAAUGCAUAUCAUGGGGUGGGAAACAUCUCCGAUGCGGCGUUGGAGGCGUUCUUGAGAUAGUAAAGCCUGAGCGAACUUCGUUGUGCCUGAAAGGAGGUAAUGAGAAGUGAGUUUCAAAUAUAUCGUGGAUAAGCAAGAGUGGCACCAGCUGCGGCCUAA